ACAUUUUCGGGUUUUAUUCUCAAUUUUUAAGUAAAUAAUAAUGGCAGAUAACAAAGUUUGUGAUGCGCGUUGUCAGGCGUUUAGAAAAGAAACUAUUGAUACAGAAGAUAAACUUCGAAUGAAGUGGUUUACCAAAAAUCGGUUGCGUUUACUGGCAGAUUUGGAGCAAGAGGAUAAGCAUGUCAAAGAUAAAUUGAAGAAACUGAAGGAAGAAAGUGCAUUACCGGUUUCUGAACCAGAACCAACGACAAUCCAAGAAGAAACGGAAAUUCCGGUAUCAGUCGCAAGUCGUGAAAAGAUUGGUUUGGAUCUCAUGCGGUCCAUUCAUUCGUCUCUGCUAGAUGUUUUAUAUGAUAAGAAAGAGUCAAGUCAUGAAGCUAGAAAAAAAUACCUGGAAGAGCGAUGUAAAUUACCUCCGGAGGAUAGAUUUUUCACAAUGCAUUGCACAAAUUGGUCCUACGGUUGGAAAGUUAAAAAUUUCCAGAGUUUUUCUUCCAAGGAAUACAAUCGCAAACCCCUGAUACGCACAAGUUUUUACAGGAAUAAUCUAUCCAGUGUUAAAAAUGAUGAGAGACCAUGUUCGAAGAAAGGGCUUGCCACGUUAGCAAGAAAUUUCCAAGAAAUCCAAGAAUAUUGAGUAAUCAAUAUAAAUACAAGGCUGAUAAACAAUUGAAAAUCGAUGGAAAUGUCGGUUUGUUAAAUUUUGGU